AAACAUUUCAAUUAACAACCUCUAAGCAAGACAUCGUAUGUCGUGAAAUUGUCUCUUACACAAAUGUUUCUUAAAUAUUUUGUGAUUUAUUGCCUAAUACAACAGGUGUUACUGCUAGAAAAGGAGGAUUCUAAAGAAUGUAAAUUUGCCGAAGACUCCAUUGAGCGCACAGCAGCAAAUGAUCUGCAUUUCUUUAAAGGGCUUUGCGAUGAAGCUUACGAUCAAUGUUAUAAUGCAGACGAGGAUGAAAUGAAAAAAGAAGCAUGUGCUUAUCCACGUAAUAACUGUGUAAACAGUUUAAUAGGUCAUUACGAAGCUAUUAUUGAGGAUUCGGAAUAUGCCACUAAACUAUUUAAAGAGGCACUGAGCGGUAUUGCUGAUGAUUGCUAUGGAUUAUGUAAAUAUGAUUUAGUUUUUAAGAAAUUAGUCGACGAACAUGUAUUCUGUGAAUAAAUUUUAAAACUAAAGUUAUAUGUAUGUUUUGUGAAAUAUAUUCUUUAAUAAAAUCAUAUACAUGGGUAAUUUCGUGUCAAAAUUG